AUGGCUCAGAUAAAUUGCACCCAGGUGACAGAAUUUAUUCUUGCUGGCCUCACAGAUCGCCAGGAGCUGAAGAUGCCCCUCUUUCUGAUAUUCUUAUCCAUCUAUCUUUUCACAGUAGUUGGCAACCUGGGUUUGAUCUUAGUCAUUAGAACAGAUGCAAGACUCAACACACCAAUGUACUUCUUUCUUAGUCACCUGGCUUUUGUUGACUUCUGCUACUCUUCAGUCAUUACACCCAAAAUGCUUGGAAAUUUCUUGUACAAAGAAAACAGUAUCUCCUUCAAUGCAUGUGCUACUCAGUUAGGCUGUUUCCUGGCUUUAAUGACAGCCGAGUGCUUGCUGCUGGCCUCUAUGGCCUAUGAUCGAUAUGUGGCCAUUUGUAACCCAUUGCUUUACAUGGUGGUGAUGUCUCCAGGAAUCUGCCUUCAGCUCGUAGCUGCUCCCUAUAGCUACAGCUUCUUGGUUGCACUGUUUCAUGCCAUCCUUACCUUCCGUCUAUGCUACUGUCAUUCCAAUAUCAUUAACCAUUUUUAUUGCGAUGACAUGCCCCUCCUUAGGCUGACUUGCUCAGAUAUUCACACCAAACAGCUGUGGAUCUUUGCCUGUGCUGGUAUCAUGUUCAUUUCCUCCCUUCUAAUCGUCCUUGUCUCCUACAUUUACAUUAUUUCUGCUAUCCUGAGGAUGCGCUCUGCUGAAGGCAGGCGUAAGGCCUUCUCCACAUGUGGCUCCCACAUGCUGGCAGUCACCAUUUUCUACGGGACCUUAAUAUUUAUGUACUUGCAGCCCAGCUCAAACCAUUCCCUGGACACAGACAAAAUGGCGUCUGUCUUCUACACAGUGAUCAUUCCCAUGCUGAACCCUUUGAUCUACAGCCUCCGGAACAAGGAGGUGAAAGAUGCACUAAAGAAAAUUGUCAUCAGUAAAAACCAGGUCUUGGUGUUCAUAAAGCUUAAAAAGUGA